AAUAGAAUUAAUAACAUAAAGAAAGUCGUUUCUUUCCCCAUACCCGCUUGUGAUCCUAAUUAAUCAGAAUAGAUUAGCACUUGUCUAAGCUCAUGCUCAAAAUACUAACAGCAGAUAAUUUCCAGUAGAGGCAAGAUUUCCAACCAAAAUGGGUAAAACUUCAUUUGUACAAAUGAAGUCAAAGACGGAUGAAAGUAACAAUGAUCAAACCUUGACAGAGACGUCUAGUGAUCAUGAAGAACCUACAAGAAAAAAGCCAGAAUAUUUAACAGCUUCAGAAUUUGAUACUAAAGUUUGUGAUUAUUGUGGUCUAGUUUUCUAUGGACGUUUUGCCUAUGUCAGCAAAAGCAGUCAUAUGAGGAAGAUCCAUGCAGAUGUCCAUAAGUUGAGGUAUAAAGAUAGAAGGACCAAUACCCCAGACUUUAUACCUGAUUCAGUGUUUGUGUGCCAUCUCUGUGGUACUAAAUGUAGAUACCGAAAUAGUCUGAAAAUACAUCUGAUGAAAAAACACAAUGGUGCUGAACUACCAGAGAACCUCAUAACAGAAAAGGUUACUCCUGUAGUGAAGAAACCAGCUGUUAUGUUUUUUUGCCCGUAUUGUGAUAGAAAAUACCAGUCAAGAGACAGUGUACUGAGACACUGUCGGGAACAUCAUAAAGAUAAUGAAGAGCCUAAGGAGUUCCAGACAGAAAUAGGGAUACAGUAUAGUCAGCGAACAAUUUUACCAUCAACUCCAAAUUCUAAGAUUUCUGAACCUAGUCCUGGCACUGACAAGAAAUCUGAUUCUGUGGAGUCACUUUUGGCAGUUAAAACAGAAACACGGAAAGAAAAAAGGAGGAAUAGAGAAAGACUUAAGAAACUAAAAGAAUACAGCGAGUUGAUGAUGAAGUCCAAGGAACCAGAUGAAUUGGUAGUAGUCAUUAAAAAAGAACCGUGUGAACCAGUUAUUGAAUCAACAUGGGUGAAGAAAACAGAACAUUGUCUAACAACAGGAGGCAGCACUACAGGAAAAGGAAAUAAGGAUCAGUCCAGAAGAACAAUCAGUAAAAGAAAGUCAAAGCCUGUAAAAAGGAAAGUAGCACAACCUGAUGAAGACGGUCAGAAAAAGAGGAGAACAAAAGAUAUUUCAAGUGAAAAGGAUCAUUUUGAUCCAAUAACAAAUGAAGAAAUGGAUAAAAGAAUAGAAAAUGAGAUUGCACUUUUUUUUCAAACAAGUAAUGAUGCCACCAAAAACAAAAAAAUAAAUAAAAGAAAGAUGAAGAAAUGCAGAGGUAAUUCUGAAUCAAACGUAAUGGCAAGUGAUCCUGUAAAACAAGAGCCGUUGUCUGAAGCAGUGAAUAUAAAUACAACUGACCAGGAAAUGUACAUUCAUCCCAUACCUCUUCUUCCAGAAAACUUACAAUGUAAAAGAUCUAAACGAAAUUCAAGUGGCAGCCUUUCGGGUAAAAAUGAUGGAGGACAAAUUCCAAGCCAAUCUGAAACUUCACAGAAUGAGGAUGAAAUAGAUCAAUCAUUGCAAAGCCUGUCAAAUAAAACUUUAGAAGGUAAUGAUAAACCUCAGAGGUUCAAUGAUGAAGAAAAAGACACAAGUCAGGAAGCAUCUGAAAUUACUAAUAUGGAGGACAAAUCUCCUGAGAGAACAGAACAAAUUGAUUUUGAUGAAAGUUCAGAUUUUGAAGGAGAACCAUUAAAAACUGACAUCAAAGAUGCUUUACAUCAAAGACUUAUCAUUGCAAGGGAUCAGUUGAGCUACACACCAGUGAAAAAAUCUGAAAUACGUCAGAAGGCAAGUGAAAUAACUAACAAGGGAGAAGUGUCUUUAUCUAAUAAGGGAGACAAGUCUCUAGAGACAAGGGAGAUAAUUGAUAUUGAUGUUAGCUCAGAUUUGGAGGAAGAAACAUUAAAAACUGGCAUCAAUGAUGAAAGUCAUAAUGAAGAUAAUGAUAAGUCUGUAAUGUUGGCCAUACACGAGGUACUACAUUGUGAUUCAGUGGGUAGAAAAAGUAUAUUUGACCAUUUGUCAGAUAAAGAGGAACUAACACUGAAUACCUUCGACCUGCAGAAGACUAUAACUAAAGAUCCCAAUAGUGAGGAAAUUCUGUAAACAAAUGUAUUUUUAAUUUUCUGAUUGUAUCAUGUUAUAUGUAUGACUCAGCAUUUCUUGAAUCAUUAUUCAAUUACUUGUACUAAAAACUUUGUAAGAUAUUUGUAAUUUUUAAUAAUUUAAUUUUGGAUGUAACACAUCUUCUGAUUGGCUGACGUUAUUUUGUUAUCAGCCCAUAGACAUAAUUUAACCAUGUGACCAUGACAUGACGUCAGCAAUGUUUUUUUUGUGGUUUCCUACGGUUUAAAAUGGAAUUUAGAAUUAUAUAAGAAAUGACUGUAAUAAUUUUUCUGUCUAUUCAAAAUAACAAAAAAUGUGGUGCACACUGUUUAAUAACCUGCUACGCAUGUUAUUCAGUGUGCACCAAAUUUUUUAUGUUAUUUCUUCAUAGACAGAAAAAAUAUUACAGUCAUUCCUUAAAUAUUGACUUUUUUUUUUAUGUAUUUACCAUGUUUACUUCUUACAUCAUGAGGAAAAAAGUUCAAUUAAGUUUACAUCAUUGAAGGAACCCUUCAUUUAUAUGUACAUAUAUAAUAUUGCAUGAUUCAAGCCUUCAAUCUGCUUAUAAGCCCAGUAACUUUAAUAUCUCAAAGGCAGAUUUUGAAUCUUUUAUUGUGCAAGAAAAUAUUGCAUUGAUUAAUGAUAUGAACAUUUUUUAAAAGUACUGUUAAAUCAGAAAUUAUUGUGUGCAUUUAUUAUUGCAAUUUUGUCAUUUUAAACUUAAAUGCGAUUUAUAUUUUUACGAUUUUGAGAAAAGUCAUUCUUAGUUCAGUUAAAAUCUUACAAAAUGCAAGUUUUAAUUAUUGCGUUUACAACUCUGUCGCAUUAUUUGCAAUAAUAAAAACCUCGCAAUAAUUUCUGAAUUUACAGUAAUUGAUGGAUUUUGCAUUCAGAAAUGAGAACUUCUCAUAACUGCAUAUUUCAUUUAUAUUUAUCCAAAUAACUAAUAUAAUGACAUUGAAAGAAAAAAUCUUUUCAUUAAUAAUCAACCUUUAAUUUAAAAUGUCAAAAAAACAUUUACUGAUUUUUGUAAAAUUGAUAUUUGAACUCUGCUAUUCUGGUGUAAAAGCCACACUAGUAAUGGUAUUAAUCAAAAGAUUCAUAAUUAGAAAUAUUUUCAUUGCCAUUGUAAGGACUGCAUCGUGCAUAAUCAUCUUUUUUCUAAAAUUCUAAAUAUUUGUAUAUUCAAUAAGAAUUAUGUCAUGUAUGUAAAUAUGUAUUGCUAAUUAAUACAGUUGACUUAAUAUA